AUGGAUAGUUGGGGCUUGAUGGAUCCCCAUGGAGGUGACCUUUGGACGCGGGCUGAGACCGACGGCUUAACGAGUGGAGGUGGAAACGACGGUGAUGGCUCAUUACGAGGGCCGUUCAGGGCUCAGAACAACUCGACAUCGGCUCUGAUCAACCAGUUCCGCUUCCAGGCGGCGAAAUCGAUUCGAACCUCGACCAUUAUCCUCGCUGUUUUCAACGUCAUUGCAGCUUUCGCGACAGCAAUCGGGAUUCUUUGGGAUAGCUAUGGCUCGGCGAAGAGGAACAACCCCAAAUUCGGCUUCAGAACCCAUGGCUUCACCUUUGUCGGGCCUGCGGAGUCGUUUCCUCUCGUUCUGUCUGCCGGCAUUGUUCUCCAAGGCAUCGUCUUCGCCAUCGCCCAGUCGACUGGACUCGACCAUUUACUGACUCUCGGUUGCACCAUCACUUCACAGCUGAUGCUGCCUGCCGUUUUCAUUGUUCCCUAUAUUCAACUAGUCUUCGCACUCGAAGUGGCCAUUCGGUCACUGCGAAGAAAUCCCUUGCCCCCUCGUGGAAAGUGGAAUGUUACAAUCUGUCUAGCCAUUGUCGGCACUUUCCUUCUUAUUACCUACCUUGUUACUCUAUUCAUUCGCCCCCCCAACUUCUGCUUUGCCUCGCUAUUCUGGUUUGUCCAGCGAUGGAAGGAAGGCUGCUUCGUGCUCCUGUCCCUGAUCUCGGCAACCUUACUCGGCUCUACGAUGGUCAUCUUCUUUAGACUACACAAUAACUCCAGAAUCGAGGCCACUGAACGUGUUGCUGCGUCAAGAAUGGUAUACUUCAUGGCGGUUGCCUUCAUCUCGACUAGCCUUCUUAUCCCCUUCUUCUUCAACCUCUCUUUUACUGAGCAGAGGGGUGCUAAUGGCCAAGCCCUCACUCUCUCCAUGAUUGCCUCCGUCGUUGCCAACGUUUCAGGCCUAAUGACUGGCGGCCUCCACUUAUUCUUGCGGUCAAACACCCUGUCGACCAUCGGUCCCCGCGAUAAGUGGGAGUCUGAGCGUAAUAAGCUUAAGGCUGGCAUCCGUGUUUGGGCUCCCAAUGGCGAUGGUGACUACGAAAACCACAUGAUGAAUCCUGUUGGUAGGGCACGGUCUCGCCCGAGGACGGACAGCACCGACAGCUUGGUGCCUGAGAAGGAAGAAGAGGCACGCAUCGAGAGCCCCUCGGGCUCGCCGACGUAUGCCAAUCCACUCCGACAGCAUGCUGUAUACCCCAAGCCAGCUCCUUCACCCGUAAGAGUACCAGAGCCUGCGCAAGUCUCAACCUACCAGGCGCCAAAGACCCAUGCGCGCAAGAGGUCUUACUCCCUGUUCCCCGCCGAGAACAAUAACAACACCAAGUCUAUCACGUUGCUUCCCGCCACCACCUAUUCUCCUACUUCCAAGGCGAAUGACGACGAUGUCUUCUUCCUCAGGCCUCCGCCAUCCAUCCAUCCUCAAGGUAUCCGCCACCGCCGCGACUCUUCCUUGGCAUCUUCUGCCACUGUACAGAUUGGCCUGCGCUUGUCGAACGUGGAUGACAUGCCACCUCUCAACUCGCAGUACUUCCAGGAUAACUCCAGUGUUCAUCAGUUGAACUGCCCUAAGGGUCUGGAAGGCGAAGGCUCUAAGCGCCCUAGCCCUUUGGCGCAGGUUGAUGUCGUCAGCGAUUUGAGUUCUUCAGACUUUUCUGACUCUGAGGGUGACGACACGCUGGUGCCAUCACCCAUCCGAUCGGAGAAGGAUGUAAGAAUGAAGAACCUACCUGCGGUUCCCAAGGUCUCUGUUCCUAGACAGUCGCAGUUGAAGAAGGAAGAGGGUGAGCAGCUUACGCUGAGCCCAGCAGUCUACAGGCCCGGUAGCCCUCAGAAGACAAGAGUCACUAGUCCGCAAGGCGUCGGCUUCAAUAACCCUGCGCAGCGUAAAAAGGCGCCAGUCAAGUGCACUAAGCAGGAUUGCCAGUGUGAUGGCCAGCACGAGAAACGUGACUGGAUCUGA